AUGAGCAAAACUGAUAAAAUUGGUGACUGCACAAAGAUGUCAACGACAUUUUUCUAUCUUUACUUCCACAAACGACAUUCCAUUUCAAUGAAUCAAAUCAAAAAGCUUUGGGCAGAUUGCCCCGAAAUGAUGGUGGUUCCUGUGGUUGGGACAAUACUUUCAACGUUUUCUUGUUUCAUUUACGUUUGGGGCACAAAUUUCGUAAUCCAAAGCUCAAUCGAUGCUUUCACAAACCCAAAUUAUAGUCGUCCAUAUGAAAUCAGCUUCGAUGCUUAUUGGCAAGUGUAUCUUUAUUCGACUUAUGUGACAAGCCUGAUUUUAUGUGUUUCUGUUGUGCUCAAUAUAUUUGCUAUUUGGGUUGUGCUCAAAAAUCCAAAAUUAUAUCUUGUGAUAAGAUGCUUCUUAACGGGUGAAAAUAUUAAUCGAUUGCUUUACACUGUGAUACUACUCGCUAAUUAUUUUUGUAACGAUUUGGGCCGCAUG